ACCGUGUGAAUGAAGCUAAACAAUAUCACAGGACAGGAGUAAUUGUUAUGGGGGAUCUGAUUUCUGUGCGGAGCUUUUCUAUUUGAAGUUGGCAAUCUACAGACAUUUUAAAAGUCAAUGAAGGAUACAGGAUCCAGUCAAAAGCUUUCACCGAAAUCCGGGAUGGAUCCUAACCAGAGCGUAAAGUGUAAAAUUGUCGUCGUUGGCGACAGUCAGUGUGGAAAAACUGCUCUACUUCACGUCUUUGCGAAAGAUUGCUUUCCAGAGGUAUGUUGUUGGAUGUCGUUUGGGUAAAUACAAAAAAACGUGCGCGCUUGUGCUGUUUGCAAGGCGUUACCCGAGGAAGUGUUGGAAAAUGAUAUUGUGAACUUUCGCGUGCGCUUUUAAGCACAUGCAAGUUUUCCAUAAUUCAAAUGAUCUGCUUGCAGAGUUAUGUAUCAAAUUGCGAUGGAGAAUGUUUUUGUGGGUACAACUCAUCACAGCAUUGUUGGAUAAUUGUGUGUGUGAUCGACAAUGAUGCAUUGUCAAUUCUUUAUUUUAUAGAAUUAUGGCCCAACGGUGUUUGAGAACUACACAGCCAGUUUCGAAAUCGAUACGCAAAGAAUAGAACUCAGUCUCUGGGACACUUCAGGUGAGAAACUUUGCAUUAUAAUAUCUUAAUGUGUUUUAUUUCAAAUCUCAAUAGAAUUUCUUAGACAUGACUGUGCCUCAGGGAACGAGUCCGACUGUGGAAUUUGGAUUGGCACAGUGAAAUGUGAGCGUUCGAAUUACAGUCAACAUUUAGAAACUUGUGGGAAAUCAGACUGCUCUCUGCCUGAAACCUUAAUUUGACGGGUCAUCAAUACAUUAAACAAGCCCAGUGAGUGGAGAUAAUAUCCAGAGAUGGAACUCAGUGACGCAUCUCUGGAAUGUUGGGAUGGACCGCUGUAGCGCGAGGAUUUGUCUUGAAUGUGCAGUGUCCAUAUCCACGCCUCUUGGCUCAGAGCUGCGUAAAAACAGAUGCCGCCAUUUGGCACUCAGUGGAGGCACCAGCUAAGAAAACAAACACACAAAAUACAUUUGCAUCAUCUGCAAAUUAAACGAAUUAUCUAUCUUCUGCGUUUUGAAAAGCAUAUAAUUUAUAAAAAGGCCUGAUUGGUGAUAGCAACAGCCCAACUCCGCUUAAUCACUCGGCUCCCAAAUAAAUGCUGACACAUUGCUUACAUUACCUGUUAUUGGUACAAACAAUUCCUGCAUACAGGACGAAAGCGGGGCACCACUUGCUGACUGGGUCCAUCUUUAUUGUCUUAAUGCAGUGGUGUUUGGGGUUUUGAUUAGAGGCUCAUUUAAAGAUGACUCAUUAGCCCUCCCACUGACAUCCACGCCUGUUUCAUGUAGAUGCCCCUCAGGCUGGUCACUUACCUCUUAGAGGAGCAGGUCAGAUAAUGAGUGCCUGGGGGGCAGGCGAGGGGCUGUUGAUCUGGUGUUUAGGUAGGGUGUAGUAGUCUAGGAGACAAAGCAUUUGGUCAUUGCUGUCACUUGUUUGGAGCUUCUUGACAUCUCUAGUCUAAUGAGACAAAGGACCGCUUGUUUGUAAGACUGGUCUGUCUUCCGGUCUUUUUAAGGAUCUUCUUUCAUGAUCUUGAUUGUUACUUCAUUGUUUUUGUAGUUCAGCCCCAUGACUGUGGCUGGGCUUCCCUCUGCUAUGGUAGCACUGGCAGAGCUCUUGUAUCUGGGUUGAGAGAAUUUGAGCUGCAUAUCUUGCAUGCCAUUCACAAAAGGCCUGUUUUUUUUUCUACUCCCAAAGACACAAUUGUUCAACAUUGAGUUUUUUUUUUAAAGCUCGUUUUCAAAACUCUGCCUUUAUUUUGAGCAAAACCUCCUCAUGUUUUAUAUCUGAAGUACAGUGCCUUCGGAAAGUAUUCAGACCCCUUGACGUUUUCCACAUUUUGUUACGUUACAGCCUUAUUCUAAAAUGGAUUUAAAAAGAAUUAAUCAUACAAUACCCCAUAAUGACAGCAAAAACAGGUUUUCAGAAACUUUUGCAAAUGUAUUAAAAAUAAACAUACAUUAUUUACAUAAUUAUUCAGACCCUUUGCUAUGAGAACUCGAUGGUCACUCUGACAGAGCUCUAGAGUUCCUCUGUGGAGAUGGGAGAACCUUCCAGAAGGACUACCAUCUCUGCAGCACUCCACCAAUCAGGCCUUUAUGGCAGUGGCCAGAUAGAAGUCACUCCUCAGUAAAAGUAACAUGACCGCCCGCUUGGAGUUUGCCAAAAGGCACCUAAAGACUGUCAGACCAUGAGAAACAAGGUUGAACUCUGGCCUGAAUGCCAAGCGUCACGUCUGGAGGAAACCUGGCACCAUCCCUACGGUGAAGCAUGGUGGUGGCAGUAUCAUGCUGUGAGGAUGUUUUUCAACGGCAGGGACUGGGAGACUAGUCAGGAUUGAGGCAAAAUAUAGAGAUCCUUGAUGAAAACCUGCUCCAGAGCUCUCAGGAUCUCAGUCUGGGGCGAAGGUUCACCGUACAACAGGACAACGACCUUAAGCACACAGACAAGACAACGCAGGAGUGGCUUCGGGGUAAGUCUCUGAAUGUCCUUAAUUGGCCUAGCCAGAGCCCGGUCUUGAACCCAAUCGAACAUCUCUGGAGAGACCUGAAAAUAACUGUGCCGCAAACGCUCCCCAUCCAACCUGACAGAGCUUGAGAGGAUCUGCAGAGAAGAAUGGGAAGAAACUCUCCAAAUACAGGUGUGCAAAGCUUGUAGCGUCAUACCCAAGAAGAAUCUAGGCUGUAAUUGCUGCAACAAAGUACUGAGUAAAGGGUCUAAAUACUUUCCGUUUAUUUUGUAUAAAUUUGCAAACAUUUCUAAACCUGUUUUUGCUUUGUCAAUAUGGGGUAUUGUGUGUAGAUUUGAUGAGGGAAAAAAAAAAAAAAAAAAACAUUUUUUCUAAUCAUUUUUAGAAUAAGGCUGUAACGUAACAAACUGUGGAAAAAGUUGAGUGGUCUGAAUACUUUCCGAAUGCACUAGUUUCAAACCAGACUGUUAAGCUGAGUGAAUGCACCAGUAGGUGAUUUGUUUGGAUAUGUAGAACCAGGCAGUUCCAUGCAGAAGCCAAGAACAGGGUGUAGAUGGAUAAAUGCCAUUGUACAGUAACAGUACAUCCCCAUGUUAUGUCCCCAUGUUAUGUGUUUACACCAUGGCUAUUUGAGAAGCCGAUAGCCCUAGUAACUCCACAUCAAGUCCGACAUAGCCAUACAUGCAUAAGCAGAGUGAUGCUUUGCGUUGAGGUUUUCCCACAGUGAAAGAUGACUCCAUGUCACCGGUCAGGGACACAGUCACCUCAGUGUUUUAGAGGUCCCUGGAGACCCCUCCUCUCGGUGUGUAGAAACAUGUCCUCCAUCAUACAGGGAUGGGGAAGGAGGAGAUGGGUAUGUGGCCGUCUGAAUCAGGGGACUGAACAAGCCUCAGGGCUGCACUGAAAUGGGGCUAAUGAGCUGUCUGCAGUGCCAUCAACCUUCGUCCUUUUCCUGUGCUCCUGUAUUAUCAGUGUCCCCAAAGUGACUAUGGUUUGUCUGUUUCUUCAUAGUACAUUUUAACAAUCAGCCUACAUUUAUAUACUUUUGAUGAAUCUAUUCAAUACCGUUAAACAUUCUUAUCUUCAUUCUUUAGCUGAUCGAUGAGCAGUCCCAUAGUUCAGAAGGGUAAAGGCCAGGGAAGGGCCACGUGUCAUCGCUGAGUUAUCAGCUUGGCCAGACCAACCAGGGUGGUCUUAACAGACCAGUUAGGGGUUUGUUUGUAUGCUGUAGCGGGGGGCACGCACGCGCAACUCUUCUGUUUGGCGUUCUCAAAGGAUCUCCCAGACAUGCUUGUAAUCUGGAGAAAAUAAACAAAUAUUCCUGGCAUAGCAUUCCACAUCUGUAAGCUCAGAUGUUCCACUGCCAGUCAUCAGACUGUAAAUGUAUUGUUGUGCUUUUAAUGAGGUUGUAACUACACUUGGUGCUUUUCCAAAUUCAGUUUGUGGAAUCUCAUGCAUCUUGCUUUUUACAUGUGGCAUACCUCUACUGGAUAUGAAGUCAUAAAAGUAGUCUUUAAUUUGCCUGGUGUCCUUACCUGACUUUGUUGGUGACUCCUCCGGGCAUUGUUAUAUUAGCAUGCACCGUGCAGUAGAAUUGAGGAAAUGAAAAAUGCAUGUGGAAAGAUGUUUCAAAGACAUGCAAAAAAAUGUAGCACGCCACAUUUAGAUUGCCUCAAUCCAGCCUGCUCCUAAUCAGUUGCCCAGUCCCCCUAUUAUGUCGUGGGGGAUAACUGGCGGGAUCUUUUAUGUACUGUACAGCAGUGACCAGGGACGGGAGUGACUAAUUAGUUUCUUAGCUGAAGCUCUGAAUAGCUAGAGUAAUCAGUGAACCCCCCCCCCCCCCAUAUCUGCUCCAUUUAGAAGAGGUCUCCUGUCCUAAUUCUGACUGUGGGCUCUAGGCUGGGUAUGAAUGGACGCCAGAGCUCCGAGCAUGGAGAGCGAGCAUGGGAGAUAGCCCCACGGGGCAGAUGAAAUGAUUACACGAGCUGUUACUAAUUUAUGGAUGUCCCUAGGUGCUGACUCGCACAGUAGCCUACAGUGACAUGGUGUCAGGCAGGAAGUUUGCUUUCCCUGGGUCAUUCUAACACGCGCUGUAUAAAAUCUAUGUCUGUAACUGAAUACAUUUUAGUUUUUAGCACAGUUACAGUGCAGAGCUGAGGAGAUGUGAUGUUCUUGAUGGUGUGUAUUAAUUUAACCUAUUUUGCAUAUAUUGACCUGGCUCUUACGCUUGUGUUUGCAGGUUCACCAUACUAUGACAACGUGCGACCUCUCUCCUACCCGGACUCUGAUGCAGUCCUCAUCUGCUUUGACAUCAGCAGACCAGAGACCCUGGACAGCGUACUGAAGAAGGUGCGUGUUUCGGGGCUUGUGUAUGUCCUGUAGGUUGUAUGCUUCCUCUGAUUUGCCCCUGAAUUAUAGUAGGAAGUGGCCUGUCCCACUAGCAUUUUCACUCGGCCCCCUUGACCCUCUCUGAAAGGCUUCUUUAUGUUACUGGGUCAAGUGGCUUUUCAAAAACCAAAGUGCUCAAACUUUACCGGGCUUUACCAAUGAGGGGACUAGAACUAGGCCUGUACCAAUGCUAGGGGUCCACUAGGGUUGUACCAAUGCUAGGGGUCCACUAGGGCCGUACCAAUGAAAGGGGACUAGAACUAGGGCUGUACCAUUGAGAGAGGUGACUGGGAGGAAUGUGAAAACAAACUCACGUGAGGCUCAGUAGUAGUCCAACCGGCCUUGUUCACACAUGGUCUCCCAGAUCCCAGACACGGCUAUUGUGGGUCUCAGUGCCCUUUGACCUGUGAUGUCACCAACGCUCAGUAUUGCGCCAGCUGAGAGGCAUGUGGUCCUGUGUCUUGAACAACUGUGAUCAGACUGGGCAUUGUUGUGAGGGGAAACAUGAGGAAGUUGUUCAAGGCACUGAAUAAGCCUGGGAAAGUGGAAGAGGAUGUUUUCCAUUACUGAAGUUCUGCGACACAGAGCUGGCGCUGUCAGAGCAACCUUUUUUUGUUUUCGACAAUGACCGCAUGAGGGUGUGUGGGUGGUUGACUUGUUGAGAAGCUCCAGUGUCCAUCAAUAUAGCCCUUUAUGCACACGUCUUACUCUCAGAAGGCCAGAUCAUAACUUGAGAUCUGUGCGCAUAACAAAAAGUCAAGAGUUAUCCACGCAAAACUCACGUUAGGUUGUCUGACACUGAAUAUUAGCCAAUCCUGUAAAAGCACACCUUUUGUACUAGAAGUUUUGCUGAUUUCUCUCUUUCCUCCGUAUAGUGGAGAGGAGAGAUCCAGGAGUUCUGUCCCAACACCAAGAUCCUGCUGGUGGGAUGCAAGUCAGAUCUCCGCACAGACCUCACCACGCUGGUGGAACUGUCCAAUCACAGACAGACACCCGUGUCAUACGAUCAGGUAGGCGCUACAUGCAUUUUGCGCAUACUUUGACACUCACUUACUAGGACGCAAUUAGUUUAAUUGUUAUUGGACUAGUAUUGUGUGCCCUCUUUCACUUGGCACUAUUAAUUAAUAAUAAAUAAAUGUGGCAUCUGUGUUUACAGCUAUUUUUUUAAAGUCUGCUAAAUGGCAUAUUUCAAUUUGUGUUCCACGCUCACUCACUCACUCUCCCUCUCUCUCAGGGCUCUAACAUGGCCAAGCAGAUCAGUGCUCCCUACAUUGAGUGUUCGUCCCUGCAGUCUGAGAACAGCGUCAGAGACCUCUUCCAUGUGGCAACGCUGGCCUGCGUCAACAAGGGCAACAAGAACGUCAAACGCAACAAGUCCUCCAGGAGCACCAAGAGGAUCUCGCACAUGCCCAGUAGGCCCGAACUCACCGCUGUCACGACAGACCUGCGCAAAGAUAAGGCCAAGAGCUGUACAGUCAUGUGAUCGCCCUAGACUAGGGAGACUGACUGUGGACUGUGGGAGGAGCAGGCAGGUGAUGAGGACUGUGCAUAGAGCCCCCCCCCCAGUUUUGGAUCUCCCAAACCGUACCAACCUACAUCUAGCUGCCCUGCUUUGGUGUAUUUUUAAAGGUCAACAAACUAAACCACAAGAAAGAGGUGCUGACUUCUUCUCAACAUUUCUUCACCCGCGGAAAUGACAUGUGCUUUUUUUGGUCCGGGAUCUGGACAGGAAAUGAGCUAACGGUGUCAGGUCUUUACUUUUGUCCUCAAAGAAAAUGUGAAAAGAGAAAUGUGUACGGUGGUGGAUUCACCACUGAGUGAGAAGAUUGUUGUUCAGAUGCGAGAGACCGCUGCUGUGUACUGCUACAGUAAAAUGGUUUACGAAGAGAAAUGGAUCUCUUGCACUGGCCCCCGGGUCUCGCACUUACAGACAGCAGUUAAAAAGGACAGAAAAACACUGGUUAAGAUUGCCCAUGUUUGAGUUUCUUCCACCUCUUUUCUCUUUUGUUACUGCCUUGAUGAGUUUGCCAAAUGGAAAUGGGACGUUUGUAUGUUUUUUUUUUGUUAUAAGCAGUUGCACACUGUUACGACAGAUAUGAAAGCCUUUUUAAUGUGUUCUACUACUUUGCAUAUUUUCUAGCGCUGUUUUCGAUCCUCCUCAUCGCCGGCCUUCCUCUUGUUUAGCUGUUUUUAUCAUUCAUUUUACAACCAAAGAAAAGCUUGACAGAGUGGCGAUAUCUUUCACAGAUUAGCAGUUGUUGCCAACGAUUGUUGCGAUUGGCUGCAUAACGAUCAUAGCCAAUGAUUUGAAAGGAUGUGCUACAUUAUCUCUGUUUGAGGACAUAUCCUACACCCUGGCUCCUCAGCUGUGCUGUCUGUAGCCCGACGCCAGUGCCUCCGUAAAUGUCGGGGUGCCCACCCACGCCAAGCUUUACAUGCAGGAGGGGGUUAACGAUGCCAGUGCUGAGAAGGUCACUGAGCUCAGAAAUCCAUCAUUGCACAGUUCUUUUCAAGGAUGUCCUCAGCUAUGCAAUGCACGGAUUCUGAUGACCAAUGUCUAGUUUUCAAUGUUUGCUGGUUUGAAGGGGUGCUGUUUAUUGAUUUAUGUGUGUAGCGCUAGUGCAGACUACACAUCACUCACACUGUUUAUCUCUGGUGCAGGUGCACCACAAUCCGUAGCUUACUUUAAUUAAAACGCAUAUCUCAUAGCUAGUAUCAGUGUUUGGCAAUGGGCUGUGACUAGUUCACUGGGUCAGUAGGCAAAAUCGAGUAGCUAAGUAGAGCUAGCCUGCAGGCCGUAUCUAUAGCUCCCUCCACCCUCUCCAAGCAGCUGCUGGUAAACUAGUUCUAAAUCUAACCACUGCAGUUUUAUUCUUCUGUUCUGUCAACAGUACUAUGGGGUUUUCCAAUUUCUCAUAACUGGAGAAGUCUGAACUGCUUUGAGAAUUGAGCCACCAAGGCAGUAUUAUCAGCUAGCGGGUGUAGCCUACUCUCUGUAUGAAACAUUUUUUUAAUUAAAGGUCAGAAAGUGUUAGCUGUAGAACAUCAACCUCUUUUGAAUGUUUAGUCCAUUUGAACGUCUGUAUGAUUGUUUCCACAGUAUUUAUUGUAGUUAUAUAUUUUCCCUUUGACAAUAAAG